CACAGACAGACACACACACAUGCACACACACAUGCACACACACACACACACACGCACACAUGCCCACAGAAGAAGUGCAGUGCAUCUAUAUGAAGGACUGAGACCCCAGCACUUUGCUUUACUUCCUCUAGCACUGUCUGUUUACUGCAGCUUCUGCUUUAUUGGAAUCAUGAAUUCAACUACAAUCGCAAAUUUUACCACCCAAUCUCUCCCAAUGAUUGAAACUACUGUGAAACCUCCAGUGAUGCCCCACAGAAUCGCCCUGAUCAUCAUCUACACCACGGUGCUGACGGUGGGAAGCAUCGGUGUGACCCUAAUGAUCGGUGUGCUGAAAUCUAACCUGCGCUCGUGGACCACCAUCACCUUUUUCAACUUGAUCUUGGUCCACGUCAUCUUCAUGGUCACCAUCCCUUUCCGCAUCUACUAUUUCGUGACUGAUAACUGGAACCUGUCUAUGUUUUUCUGUAAAGUGGUCAGCAGCAUGAUCCACAUUCACAUGCACGUGGUCUUCGUCAUCUACGUCAUCAUUCUCACCAUUCACUUUGUUCAUUACUUCAGAAAAAUGGAGCAGAUCGCGUUCUAUAGGAGUCUCCAUGCUAUGGCGUUUAGCGUCGGCAUUUGGUCAGUGGUGCUAAUCGUUGGCCCUGUGACCUUACAUCAUUAUGGGACAGAUGCCAAUGCAUCUGAUCACAAAUGCUUCCAAUUUGGCACAGAGAUCAGCAAAAAACCUGUAUUCGUGUGUAACAUUUUUUUGUCUGUUUGUACAAUAAUUGUAUCGUGCAUCAUGAGCUGUGUGCUGGCAGCCAUUUUGUACUCGAUGAUCAAAAAGCACGGUGCAUCUGCAUGGGCUCACCAUGAGUUCUGGGCUCAGAUGAAGAACGUCAGCCUCGUGCUGAUCAUCCUCUUCUGCCUAGCCCCGUAUCACCUGUAUCGGCUAUACUAUCUGAACAACAUUUCCAACCAUGAGGCUGUUAACGAGGUGUUCCUGGCCCUCACGUCCAUUACCUGCUUCGACAUGAUGUUUGUUUUCGCCGGGAAGGGAAUAUGCCAUAGGUGUGGGGGUUGACUGUAGAAAACACUGCUCUGUGGAACCUACUUAUCCUGGCAGAGAACAACAGUCAUGCUUCACUGCAGAGAACAAACUGAGCGUUGUCAAUCUAAAGUGGUUACAUCUGGUACAUCCCUGACAGCUUACCUAACGGAUGCUGUAGUGAGAGACAAAAACUAUUUCUCUAACUCUGUGGAUUCUCUUUACUUCUGGUAUUUCUGAGAAGUUAAAAGACAGCUAGCUUGCAUAAUGUAAAUUGCCUUCUGCUAGUUUUCUUGGAAUGGUGCAAUGCAAUCUUUGAACUUUCUUACAAGCACAAGUGAACUGUAUAAAUAUGCAGAACACAAUAACUACACGCGUGUUAUUCAGGCUGAGGAAACACAUUUAGGGCAGGAUGCUUGUUUGUAUUUACGUGCACCUCUUGUCAGUCUUUUUACAGACACACCCCAACUCCUCUUCAUGUCAGUCUGUUGGGAAAAGGACUGAUUAUAACAAUAAGUUAACAACGGUUCUUAGGGUUUGGUCAGUGAAGCAUAGGUUUAUUUUAUUUUCAUUUUCAUUUUGUUAGCAUGGUAGAAGUCAACGUGAGUAAUUAUAUUUAUUAUAGAGUGUUCUGUUCAAGGUUGCCGAUAAACAUCAUUGUACAUUUCGUUGUUUGAAUAAAGGGUCAAAAAAUUGAA